UUGACAAUCGCGGAAUUUGUGCAUUUAGACGGAACAAGAGUGGCCGAGAAGGUCAUUGGAGUCGGCGGGACCGGCGUCGUGAUUUUGAAGGGCUAGUAUGCACUCAAAAUACCUCGAUUAUCCAGGAUUCUCGAAGCCGAUGGUGUUCCCGUGGCCGACGAAAGCCUCACACCGAAAGAGGGCGACUACGAUAUACGGUCCGAUCUAAUCAGCUCUUUGGAGCGUGAAAGAGCUAUCUACAGAAGACUGGACAGUCAUCCUGGGAUUGUCCACUGCUACAAUCUGUCCUCAAUUGACCAUUCAAUCCAAAUGGAUCUUAUGAGGAACGGUGAUCUUCGACAUUACUUGGAUACACUUGACACCAGGCCAGAAAGGACGGUGCAACUAAUUUGGCUCACAACAGUGGCACAAAUGCUAGCACAUAUCCAUCAUCGACAUGUUAUUGUGGCCGACAUCCGGCUGGAUAAUCUCUUACUCAACGACCAGUUAGCUAUAAAUUCGUCGACUUCGGAGAAUCAACAUUGAUGCCUCUGGAAUGGAAUCUACAAGGCGAUGACGGCGAUGGCUACUCUAUUCUGACAGACCUUGGACAGUUCGGCGCAGUCAAGUUUGAAAUUGUGACUGGCCAAAGUUGCAAAUUUGGUCUUAUGCAGGACUGGAAAGAUGUAGGGGACCCACUGACUUGGCCGCGACGAGACAGCCUACCAUCGACGAAGAUUGUAUAUCUCAGGCAUAUCAUUGAUAAGUGCUGGACUCAAGGAUUCAAAUCCGCGAAAGGCCUUUCGGCGGAGCUAGAAUGUGUUGCGAGCGAAACUUGA